GAUCGGGUUUAUAGCCGAACUCAUCCGAAAGCAGUAUUCCACUGGAUACCUUCACCAUGGGUGUUUUCACCUCUCUGUCGGUUUCUCGUGAAAAGUUUAUUCGUCUUCUGUAUAUAUUCUCUGGAUAAAUAUAAUUCUAGAAGCCUUUUACAAUAUUGUACGAAGUAUGUUCGUUUCUUAAUUAUAAUUUUCGAUAAUAAAUCGUGUGUGUGACUUACAGUUCAUAGUUCUUGGUAUCGCACAUGUGAAAAUUAGGAUUUUGACGGAUCUGAUUUAAUGCAAUGGCGACGUCGUUACUUUCUAUUAUGCUGUCUACGUUUCUUUUAAUGGUGUUUCUUUUAAUUGCUGUGUUUAUAAAGACUCUCGGCGUUACGCGGUGCCAGUGCUAAAAUAUUGGUGUUGAAAUAAAGAUUAUUUUUCGGUUAGUGUUACAUACGGACGAGAUGAAGUGUCAUUGCGUGAACGACUAAUUAAGUAAACUUCUCUAGUUAUGAUAAAUGAUUUCUAGUGGAAAUUGAAAUAAUUCCAAGUGAAUGUUUACUAUGUUAGAUGUAGAUGAAAGAGAUGCAAGUUUCUUGAGAAGAGAAGCUUCGAGAAAAAAAGGUGUCGAUUUUACGAAUUAAAUCGUAUUUUAAAGACUUCUCUGUCAUUUCUUCGUUUUUAUUUUGUAGUGAUUUCUAUAUAAACAUUUUAAAAGCCAAAGUGUAUUUUAGUGUUUAUCUCCUAUGUACAUUUGUGUUAUUCAAAUAAGUGGACCCACAGAUUAACAAGAAAUUUUUCAAUUUAUUAACAAAUUAUAGGAAGACAUGUGUAUUAUGAAAAUUUUAUAUUUACAUGACCAUUCCUCAAUAUCCAUGCAGAAGGAUCAAACGUGAAAACAUUGAAUGAAAUUUGUGACAAGAAUUUUUGUAUUUCAUGAUACAGUGACAGUGAAUUUGUAUAUCGGACAAAUUUGAAAUUACAUACAAAAAAAAUGGGUAACUGUUUCAGUAGUCCAACAGACACAGAAAAAGAAAAGCCUGAUAGAAUAGGCAAUCCUAAUAUAGAGGCAGUUGCAUCUCAAGCUAGUCCAGUGCCAACGCCGCCUCCAGAUCCUAUUAGGCCUAUGCCACAAAUUCCAGAUGCAGAUGUGCCAACAGCAAAAAUCUUUGUUGCACUUUAUGAUUAUGAUGCACGUACAGACGAAGAUUUAAGUUUUAGAAAAGGUGAACAUCUGGAAAUUUUAAAUGAUACUCAAGGAGAUUGGUGGUUGGCUAGAAGUAAAAGAACUCGACAGGAAGGAUAUAUUCCUAGUAAUUAUGUUGCAAAGUUAAAAUCUAUUGAAGCUGAACCAUGGUACUUCAGAAAAAUUAAACGAAUUGAAGCAGAAAAGAAAUUAUUACUGCCUGAAAAUGAUCAUGGUGCAUUUUUAAUUAGAGAUUCUGAAAGUCGACAUAAUGAUUAUUCCCUUUCAGUACGGGAUGGUGAUACGGUUAAACACUAUCGAAUUAGACAGUUAGAUGAAGGUGGUUUCUUUAUUGCUAGAAGGACUACAUUUAGAAAUCUUCAGGACCUUGUUGAACAUUAUAGUAAAGAUGCUGAUGGAUUAUGUGUAAAUCUCUGCAAACCCUGUGUACAGGUUGAGAAACCUGUUACCGAGGGUCUUAGCCAUCGUACGCGGGAUCAAUGGGAGAUAGAUCGCUCAUCGCUCAAAUUUGUGAGAAAAUUAGGGCAAGGCCAGUUUGGAGAAGUAUGGGAAGGCUCAUGGAAUAACACGACUGCGGUAGCAAUAAAAACGCUCAAACCCGGAACUAUGGAUCCGAAAGAUUUCUUGGCAGAAGCACAAAUUAUGAAGAAACUUCGUCAUGCAAAAUUAAUUCAGUUGUAUGCUGUGUGUACUUUAGAAGAGCCUAUUUAUAUUAUCACAGAACUGAUGAGGAAUGGUAGUUUGUUAGAAUAUUUACAAGGAAAAGGCAAGAGUUUAAAUCUACAACGAUUAAUUGAUAUGGCUGCACAAAUUGCAGCGGGUAUGGCAUAUCUGGAAUCACAGAAUUACAUUCACAGAGACUUAGCUGCCCGUAAUGUUUUGGUAGCAGAAUUAAAUGUCGUGAAGAUUGCAGAUUUUGGUUUAGCUAGGUUGAUCAAAGAAGAUGAAUACGAAGCUCGUGUAGGAGCACGUUUCCCUAUCAAGUGGACUGCGCCUGAAGCUGCGAAUUAUAGUAAAUUCAGUAUUAAAUCUGAUGUGUGGUCAUUCGGUAUUCUGCUUACUGAAUUGGUUACUUAUGGUAGAAUACCAUAUCCGGGUAUGACAAAUGCCGAAGUUCUUCAUCAAGUAGAACAUGGUUACCGAAUGCCUUGCCCACCUGGAUGUCCAACUGCGUUGUAUGAUAUUAUGUUAGAAUGUUGGAACAAAGAUCCAAUGAAGAGGCCAACCUUUGAAACUCUGCAAUGGAAACUCGAGGAUUUCUUUACUAUGGAAGGCUCAGAGUAUAAGGAAGCAUCUGCAUAUUGAAGUACUAAAAUAAUGUAUAGUUACUGGUU